AUGGCCGUUCUUUCAUUCAAUGUUCGCACUAUCUACAGUAGUAUACCACAAGCUAUCGGUGCUAUCACCUUGUUUAUUUGUAUAGCUUUAGCCGAAAGUUUAAUUGCUUCACUAAAAGCUGAAACCAAGAAAUAUCGAGCAUUUCGAGCUCAAUUUUUAAUGAUCGUUCAAGUUUUACUCUUGAUUGCAAUACGGUUUAUAUGGGUACGAGUCAAUGUUAAUAAAUGGUCAGGUCAAUUUUGUAAAUAUUAUUUACCUACGAUUUUACGCUAUCUAUUAAUCCUUUAUUUCAGCCUUGUACAAGUAGCCUUUAUUAUUGGUACAUGGCUAAUGACAAAUGAUAAGAAUUACUAUAAUCGUUCAAUGUGUUUCAUCAUUUCACUUUGUUUGGGCUCGUUUUUUUGCCUACUAUGUCUUGUUAUUUUUAUCGAUCUCAUCAAUUAUUUCAAUCUUUGGCAUCAUUCACAAGAAUUACGAUUAUCCAAUAAUUCCAAAUGGCGAGUAUUAACUACAAUUACGGUCUUUCUUUGUAUCACUUGCGUUAUCGUUUUUACUCUCUCGCGAUCGCCUUAUAUCCAAACAGUAAAUGUAUCAUUACGUCGUUUUCGCCGUGGUCAGCAAGGUAUGGUUAUCGCUCAUCUCUGUAAUAUCCACCUCGGCCCCAACAUUGAUCAAUCCUACUUACAAAGUAUCGUUGAAACCACCAAUUCUGUUCAUCCAGAUUUCAUUUUCUUAAAUGGUGAACUCUUCAAUCAUGAUGUUAAUCAAUUGAUUCCAUUGUUGCAACCUUUAAAACAUUUACGAGCUCGACAGGGGAUUUACUAUUCGACAGGUCUACAAAAAAGUAAAUCUUCCGAUGUAGAUAGCUGGAUUAACGCGCUUAAAUCUAUUGGUAUUACUACUUUGAAUAAUCAACGAAUACAGAUUAAGUAUCAUGCCAACAAACUAAAUCAAUUUUAUCUAGCUGGCCUGGAUUUACCUGAGAAAUUCUAUACCAAGUAA